AUGAAAUACUCUCCAUUAAACCCACCGCCAUCCUUCCUUCUCCUCCUCCCAUCCCCUCCCCUGUCUCUCCUUUCCCCCAAGCGCGCCCAAAAGCUUCAGUCCCGCUCUCCACAACCUACACCGCCGUGCACGGCGGCGAUAUCCGCACUCUCUUGCAAGAAAACACCAACUCUAUCGACCACAAUGGCGGCCACCGCGGCCUCUGAUGUCACCGACGGACCAGUCCUAUCUUUCAUCAACAAGCGUAUCCGUGGCCUCCGAAAGAAAUACAACCGCAUCGUCCAGAUGGAAGAGUCUAUUGCCCAGGCUGCCAUCGAUGAGCUUGAGAAGCUCCGUCAACCCCUCUCAUCCGUGGUCGUAGAGGAAGUCAAUCUUGCCAUCCAACGCCACCAAGUCUCCACCGCCCAACCCACCGAAACCAAAGAUCCUGAAGAAAAUAACACAAACAAUGACCUCGAAAGUCAAUAUGACUUGGUGGUUGAUGAUCUGUUGAAGUUGCUUUACUUUGGGAGUAUGUUUGAUGUGAAGUCUCAGAACGAUUUCACAGCGACGAUGCUGACGAAAAUUCACGAAAGAGGGUGUUGUUUGACCUAUGAUUAUGUGACUGAUGAUGAUGCGAAUGACCUGCUUGGUGAGAGGGAUUUGGAUUUAAUUUCGAUGCUCGGUGGGUUCUUGAUUUCCCGGCCAGUGGAUUCGAGUUUGUCUCACAAGAAUGCUUUGCAGAGGUGCAUUGAGCAUGCAAAGCUUUGGCUUUCAAAAUCUGAUCAACCCAUUGGGGCAAAUUCAGCUGUUACUUAUGCUCAGUUGAGGGAGAAGCUGAACAAGAUUAUGGCUUCGGACUACUUCACAACGACACCGGAGAUGAAGGCUCCAGUUGAAGUGGCGGCGGCUGCUUCUGGAAAUUAUGGGUCUUUCCAGGUGCACGAGUCUGUGGUGCCGGUCCAAGUGGAAGGCUCAGUUGGGCAUUAUCAGCAGGAGGUAAAAACUAGAUUUACUUGUGAUAAUUAGGGACUUAUAAUGUUUUUGUUCUGUACAUGUUUGAUUCUCUAUAUAAGGCAGUGCCAAAUCGUGGAGCUAGAAAUUUUGUUCGGAGGGUGCACUUUAACUAUAAACUUAAAUUUUUCUUUCACUUGAUAAAAGUAACCUAACACAUUUAAAUUUAUUAUAUUAUAUUUGAUACUCAAACAUUUAUUAGAUACAAAAUGGUUAAACAUUGAUAUAUAUAUAUAUAUA